AUGAGUCAUAGUAAUUAUCGAUAUUUUUCAUUACAAGAUGAUGAUCCUACUGGUACCGGCAAUAUUUUGAUUUGGCUCGAUGAAAAAGCAUUGGAUCCCACGUCACCUAAUACUCAACUUAUGAUUGAUAUGCUCAAAAGCAUAUCGAAUAUUAAUUGCAAAUUGUACAACAGUGUAGAAUUAUUCCUUGCAGAAGCUAAUACUAUAGCUAGAACAGGCAGAGUGAUACUUGUUACAUCUGGAUGGUUCGCAGAGAGACUAUUUCCUGAAUUAUCUAUAUCAUUACUACGGGCAAUUUCCGUCAUCUGUAUCUUCUGCAAAGAUUCAAGAAAUUAUCAACAUUUACAAAAGAGAUAUCGGAAAAUCGUCGGUGUUUUUACAGAAGAACAAUACUUGAAAGAAGCGAUUGAGGAUGAAUUGAACCCAUCGUCAGAUUUCUUUGUCACGGAUCAACAUCUAAGUCCUCACUUUGUUCUUAGUGAUGAUCGUCAAGAAUUUAAAUUCUAUAAACAAUAUAUUGAACUGUUGCAAAAUUAUCCAUAG